AUGAAUAUUGCAGAGGCUUCUUCGGGUCAUUUUAAAGUGGGUCGAUUUCAUGAAAUUGAUCACUCCAAGCUUUCACCCAAUUCCCCAGUUCAACUAAAAUCUGUCCGCAUUGUAAUGGUCAGUGACAGAGGGGAACACGAGGUGUCGCUGAGGUACCCAAGCAUCCAAUCGCUCCGCACGCAUUUCAGCGACCCAAACUUUGGGAAACCAAACGGAAAGAAGAUCCCUGCACUCGACGAGAAGUACGUGAUGGAGUUAGAAUUCGCCGUCAAUGCGCUUCGCAGGAGCAUCGCAAUCGAGGAAUUUGCACAAAAAAGAAACUCGUGGUGCUUCUGGGUUUCUCCCUCUGAAGAAAACAUUCAAAACGAUGGAAACCCACUUUUCACUGAUGCUGCAACUAGCCUGUUUUCCAAGCAAGGUUCAUGCUGGUCUCAGCUCAAAUUCACAGGGAUGAUGCAGUGGGGCCAACGCCGUCAAGUUCGGUUCCUUGGCCGUCAUGAGGAGCGAAAGGUUGAAUCUUUACCGAAACUUUAUAAGGAAAAAGGGGUUAAUGUUGAACACGGAGAAGGGACUAAUGAGAAGAAGAGAAAAAAAGGUGAAGAAGAAACAGAAGCUGCCAAGGCACUGUCUUGUGGGGUAAUGAGGAUGACCCGUCAAUGUAUGAGAAAUAAUCAAAAUGUGAGUAGUAGCAGUGGGGUUAAAAAAUCUAAGAAAGCAAAGAAUGAUUCCAAGAAGCAGCAACUCGUUGUUUACAGCAAAAAAAAGCGAAAAAUCUCAAUUGACAGAUGGUCUGCUGAAAGGUAUAAGUUGGCAGAGGAGAACAUGUUGAAGGUAAUGAGGGCAAAAGGAGCUGUGUAUGGAAACCCAAUAUUGAGGCCAGACUUGAGAUCGGAAGCACGAAAGCAUAUUGGUGACACAGGUCUACUAGAUCACUUGCUGAAGCAUAUGUCUGGAAAAGUGGCACCCGGAGGAGCUGAGAGAUUCCGACGGCGACACAAUGCGGAGGGCGCAAUGGAAUACUGGUUAGAGAGCGCUGAUCUUGCUGAUAUUAGACGGGAAGCAGAGGUCCAAGACCCUUACUGGAUUCCUCCCCCUGGAUGGAAGCUUGGGGACAGCCUUUUACAAGAUCACGUUACCAGUGGAGAACUCAGAGAUAUCAAGGAAGAAAUACUUAAGUUGAAACAAGAUAUGAGGGAGCUCGCAUCAAAGAAGGGAGAGGAAGCAUUGGCCAUUGUGACUACUCCUAGUUCCUGUUUGUCGAGUUUGAAUUGGGAGGACUCUGGUCCCUUGGUUCCAAAGCAGGAGAUUUAUGCGGAGUUGGUGCAUAAGAAGGCUAAAAUUGAGGAACAACUGAAGGAAAUUUCACUGAUAUUGAGCGGCAUGGAGGAGCAAUUGAGGAUGCUGAAACCAACAGUAGUAGAAGAACCAAUAAUGUCAGAGUCAGCAACACCACCAACGUUAUUGCCAGGUCCAACAUCUGUGGCAGAAGACACAGGAGGAGAGACAAGGAAGGAGAAGAAAGGUGGUACUAAGAAAAAAGCAUCAAAAUCAGCGGAUACACAAAUGCAAGAAAGCAGUACAGAAGAGGACAAGGCAGCAAAGAUAGAAAGGCUGAAAAGUGGUUUCCAAAUUUGCAAGCCACAAGGGACCUUUAUAUGGCCAAAUAUGGGUGUGUCUCCCCAGGUUGUGGCAAACCUUGAUGAUCACACUGUGGUCCCAAUCCCUUCUUCAGCUUCAGCUUCAGCUUCUACCACCUCAGCUCCCAAACUCGUUGCCAAAUCCCAGACUCAACACAUACCAUUGCCAACACCUAACCCUUCUUCCCCUGUUAAGCCACUUGCAGAGAGGCGUCCUGUGAGCACAGCUACUUUGACCCAUGUCACUGGGCCCUUCCCCCCUAACCUUUCUCCACCAUUAGAGACCCCAGGAUCCAAAAUCACCACCACCAACAACACUAAGAACGCCUCUUCUUUUAACCUCAACGAGGCCCCUCUGGCCCAAGACUAG